AUGAACGGCGAACUCCAUAAUUCCGAGAUCCUUCCCGCCGACCAACCAAAAACCCAAAUCUCGAGAUGGGUUACUGAACCCGUCGCCGGAUCCACCGUCCACGGCGUCGAAAACGAGCUUCUGGUUCUGCAGAAAAUGCUCCAGAAACCACCCAGCGGCGGCGGAAAGGGCUUCAGAGCAAUCGGAAUCAUCGGAGUCCGAGGGAUCGGAAAAUCAACAAUUUGCCGAGCCCUUCUCCAAGACCGAGAAGUGAAAUCCAAAUAUUUCCCCAGAAUUUGGGUCUCGAUGUCAAGAAAUUUCACCGAAGACAGAGAUCCCAAAAUCGCUCUUCUAAAGAGAAUGCUGAGCUCUCUCGGAGUGGACACAAAUUUUCCCGGUGGGGAAACACUCGGCGGCCUCCUCUACGCCGUCCGCCUUCAACUGAGAGGCAAACGGUAUCUGAUUGUGUUGGAUGAUGUUCAAGAAUUUAAAACAGGGGAAGAACAGAGUGAUUGGUACUGGGAUUUGAAUUCUUGUGAGAAAAUUGGAGAGAAAUUAAGAGAUGGGUUUCCAAAAGGAAAUGGAGGGGCUGUGAUUGUAACGAGCAGAAGCGAAAAAGCUGCAAAAGCUAUGGUCGGAGAGGGAAAUUUGCGGUGUUUGGUUCCUCAUAAAGACCCAGAAAGUUUCUGGAAGAUUUUCUGGCAAGAAGUCGGGGAAAAUGGAAAUUCCAUCUCCGAUCCUCCAAAUUUGGAGGUAUUGAAAGUAGAAUUGUUGAAGAAAUGUGGUGGUCUUCCAUUCAUCGCUAAAAUGAUGGGGAAGAUUCAAUUCCAAAAUGAAUUACAAAGGAGUUAA